CAGCAAAGGGUUAAGAAAGGGAGGAGGAUGUAGGAUGGCUUGAAGUCAAUAAAAAAUGAGAGGGAGAGAGAGAGCACAACAUCUAUACGAUUAAUGCAUGCCAAAAAAUAAGGACAGUUUCAACAGCUAGCGUACUGCCUCUCUCCAUCCCUACCCCUCUUACAAUAUCUGUAUUUUCUUCCUCCUCCGCUCUGAGCGUUCGGCUGAGUGGUUGCACUGCCGGUCAUUCUGCUGCUCUCAUCUCUGAAUGCACCGGGGAUGAUGGUGUAAAUGAGUGUAGGCCUAGGCUACUUGAGGAUUCCGUAAGGACUGUUUGACAGCAGGAGAGAGGUAAAGAGACAGCGAGAGAGGCAGUAAGGUACUCAGUGAAGACUGCCUGAGAGAGAUAGAGGGAAGAAGUGUGGGUGAGGCAAUAAGAGAGGCAGGAUGAUGAGUGUGAACAACGGCGGGAUGAGGACCGGCCAAGACACAGCACCCAACGGCACAGCAAUAGCAACCUGGGAAAGAACCAACACUAUGUCUAGCCCAUCCACCCCCACCAAGCAUCUCAAAUCGCCUAAGCCUCAGAAUGCCAUCACCAUUGCGGUGUCAUCGCGGGUCCUCUUCAACAUGGAUAAGGAGCAGCAGAUCUACGAACAGAAAGGCAUGGAGGACUACCUCAAGUACCAGAUAGAACACGAGACAGAGCCCUUCGACCCUGGUCCUGCUUUUCCUUUCGUUAAGGCUCUGGAGGCAGUGAAUACUCGACUGAGGGAGCUAUACCCUGAGAGUGAGGAGCUCUUUGACGUUGUGCUCAUGACCAACAACCACGCACACGUCGGCCUCCGACUCAUCAACACCAUCAACCACCACCGGCUGUUCAUUGAGCGUUUCUGUAUGACGGGUGGGAACAGUCCCAUUGGGUACCUGAAGGCUUACCACACUAACCUGUACCUGUCUGCUGACCCCAUGAAGGUCAGAGAGGCAUUGGAGGAGGGGAUUGCGGCAGCCACCAUGUUUAACCCACCAGAGAAGAGAACAGAAGUGUCAGAGACUCAGCUGCGAGUGGCCUUCGAUGGGGACGCAGUGCUCUUUUCUGAUGAGUCGGAGCGCAUCUUUAAGGCCCAUGGACUGGACAAGUUCUUUGAGCAUGAGAAGGCACAUGAGAACACGCUUCUUGACCAUGGGCCACUGAAGGGGUUCCUGGAGUCUCUGGGGAAGCUGCAGAAGAAGUUUUAUGCCAAGGGCCAGCGUAUGGACUGCCCCAUCCGCACCUACCUGGUGACGGCACGCAGCGCAGCCAGCUCAGGCACCCGGGCCCUGAAGACACUUCGAUCCUGGGGACUGGACACCGACGAGGCCCUCUUCCUUGCUGGGGCCCCUAAGGGGCCUAUGCUGGAGAAGAUCCGGCCUCACAUAUUCUUUGACGAUCAGAUGUUCCAUGUGGAGGGGGCUGCGGAGCUGGGGACUGUGGCGGCUCAUGUGCCCUAUGGUGUGGCUCAGAAACGUCCCCAGAAGAAGCCUGCUGAGGAGAACGCUAAAGACUCUAGUGCUGCCGCCAAGUAGUCUGUACCUCACCCUCUUCCCUAUCCCUGUGACAGCAAGGGACAAUAAAACAACGUUGUGAAUUUGAAGGAGACAGUGGUUCUGUAAGUCCUUUUCAGUCCCCUCUUAGUUGUCUGGGUAGUGAAGCCCAUAGUACAUGACAAUUGCAAGGGCACAGAGUGAGAGCAUGCUGUUUUCACGCCUGCCAUGUGAUCGAGGAUUCCUCACAAGAGGAGGCGCCAGUAUACCUUAAAGAAGAGCUUCAAAUAUCGUCAUGCUUGCAGUAAUGUUAGUACACUAUGCUAUCUGUAUCAUAGCAUUAUAGGUCCAAUAACAUUUUCAUCUAAAAACCAACCUCAACAUAUGCUACACAAUAUUCAUAGAGUUUACAAAUCUGUGACUUUUAGCAACAACAUUAGAUUUUAUUGACGCAUUCAAAUUAUAUGAAACUCCAGAACCAAAACAUUUAAAAAUGUUAUAAACGUACAGUAGGCUAUACCUGUAUCAUUUCAGCAUAUCACAUGUAUCUUAGGUUGAAAACAUGUUUACUGAAUAUGUAUUGUAUGUUAUUGAUGUAAUAUUUUGAUCUGGUCUUUUGUUUCUAAUCUAGACACCUUUUAUUGUACAUUUGCAUGGUCCUCAUGCAAGUUACUGUAUGUGCUGUAAUGAGAUGGCAAUCUAAAGUGCUAAUGGACAAUCUCCUCUCUCAUUAUAAACAUGGAUGCUGAUCCAUUCUGUAAAGACUUGGCUUCUUUGAGGAGAUAUUGGCAUAAUGUAUGCUAACUUAAUUAUAUGGCUUGUAUGUUUCUUUCUAUUGCCAAUUUGCUUUUCAAACAUCCCAUAGCCUGCACUAAUUACCAAUUGCACACGCACCCCAACUGCUAAUUGUCUUGUUAAUCAUUUUGGUGUUAUCUUGGAUGUUUUGUUUCACUCUGGCAGUCUGAUUUUAACUAAUUAAGGAGAACAUUUUAACCUGUAAAGUUGGUUGCCAAAUGCCAUUUAAACUACACAGAAGAAGAAUAAGAAGAGAAGUGCUGCAGUUACAUGAUUGUUUGCUAAAAUGGAUGACGAAGAGGAGAACUGGCUGAUGACUGUGGGAUGUUUUGGGAGCAUGGAGAGGCCAGAGAUAGCCAGACUAGUACAUUGAGCGAGGAACAGAAGGUCAUUAUUGGAGAAAGGCCAUCAGUGCUUGUUCAGCACAGAUAGACAUGGUUAUGGACAGCGAAGGAGAAGAGCCGAGUGCAGUGGGAAGAUGUGUGUUGAGGAAGAAUGGCACAAAGGACAAACUGUAGUCUGAUUUCUUUGAUGGCUAAGAAAUUGAACCUGACGAGAGUGAGUAUGAAUUACCUGUGGUGGCAUGUGUGUUGAAGACCUCUGAGCCUCACCCUGAUGGUCAUGCAAAGGAUGAUUCAGGCCCAGUGGGAGUGGAAUAUUUGGAGAAAGUGGAUCCCGGCCUUUUGGCUGAUCCAUAUGUAGUCUCAGGCUGGGUAGAAAAUAAGUUGGGUACUGUUAAAUCGGUGAAGGUAGGUUUGUCUCGUCUAGAGGGAGCGGUCACUUCACGUCACGUGCCUAGGGACAAGACCUGUGACCUGCUUUGCUCUCCGGAGCAAGGUGCCUUUGAAAGGAGUGAUUACUGGGGUGGCGUUGAGGUGGAGCCACUGAUUGAAGCUUCCUUGUGUCUGACAUCUGCCGUUUGGUGCGACGCAGACCCGGUGGCGAGCGUGAUAAAACUGAGAAGACAUUGUCUGUCCUUUUGAAGCAGAUUCUUUACCUGGUAAAGUCAUGUUGGGAUGUGUUAGUUAUCCCGUGAGAGCUUUUGUGCCGAACCCACUAAGGUGUUUCAGAUGCAAAGCUUAUUUGUAUUUAUUAAGGAUCCCCAUUAGCGGCUGCCAAUUUACAUUACAUUUCAUAACUCUUUUCACAGCACAUUAAGUGUGUUCUCUCAGGCCACUACUCUAUCACAUAUCUACAACACAAAUCCAUGUGUACGUGUGUAGAGUAAGUGUCUUAUCAUGUGUAUGUGUGUCUGUGCCUGUGUGUCUCUUCACAGUCCCCGCUGUUCCACAAGGUGUAUUUUUAUCUGUUUUUUUUAAAUCUGUUUCUACUGCUUGCAUCAGUUACCUGAUGUGGAAUAGAGUUACAUGUAACCAUGGUUCUAUGUAGUACUGUGCUCCUCCCAUAGUCCGUUCUUGACUUGUGGAUUGUGAAGAGACCUUGUGUGGUAUGUCUUCUGGGGUAUGCAUGGGUGUCCGAGCUGUGUGCUAGUAGUUUAAAAUGACACCUAGGUCCAUUCAGCACGUCAACACUUCUUACAAAAACAAGGAGUGAUCAAUCUCUCCUCCACUUUGAGCCAUGAGAGAUUUACAUGUAUAUUAUCAAUGUUAGUUCUCCUUGCACAUUUAAGAGUCAGUCGGGCUGCCCUGUUCUGAGCCAAUUGUAAUUUUCAAAGGUCCCUCUUUAUGGCACCUGACCACACGACUGAACAGUAGUCCAGGUGCGACAAAACUAGGGCCUGUAGGACCUGCCUUGUUGAAAAGGCCUGGUAGCGCUUUAUUAUGGACAGACUUCUCCCCAUCUUAGCUACUGUUGUAUCAUCAUGUUUUGAACAAGACAGAACUUGCUCAAUUUCCACAUAAUGUAUUACAAUAUUUAGUUGAGGUUUAGGGUUGAGUGAAUGAUUUGUCCCAAAUACAAUGCAUUUAGUUUUUGAAA